AUCAAAAGUCGGGCACACGAAUUAAAGCAUAAACAAACGAUGUCGCUCACCGAUGUCUUGGAAUUGAACAAAACGGAGCUGUUCGCGAAGAUUCGUGAUGGGUUGCCCGUGAUACAAAGAACGCAGAACCUGCUGGACUGCAAGGACGACCUGCUGUUUGCCUGGGACGCGAAGGACAGCUGCCUGCUCGUGCGCAACUGGCGCUCAUCGUUGGCGGCAGAUGUGAAUGUCAAGUUCCAGACGCUAAUUCCAUCGAGCUUGGUGACCCUCGAUGUGGACCGCGUACUGGCCUCCAACGAGGGCUCCAUAGUCGCACUCAGUGGACCGCGCGGCGUUAUCAUCAUGGAACUGCCCCGUCGCUGGGGCCCCGAUGGAUACUACAAAGACGGCAAGCCCAUGAUCACCUGCCGCACGUUUGGCCUGGACACGCAGCUUUUUCUCAACAACCCGCAACUAGAAGUGCGCCAGGUCCGCUGGCAUCCGCACUCCGUAUCGGACUCCACGCUGCUCGUGCUGCUCAACAACAACACAAUUCGAGUCUACAAUCACUCCAAGUUGCGCCACGUGUGGCAGGUGGGUCCCUCGGUCCUUCGAAGUGGGGCCAAUAACUCGCUCUGCGACUUCGGCGAGGUAGCCGUUGACUUUGACAUCGCUCCUGCCGCAAAACCACGUGAUACAGAACCAGAAAUAGCCGGCAAAAACGAAACCACUCUUGAUAAGAGCAACAAAACCCUUAUGGCGGCAAAAACGCUGCCAAAGCAGGAGCGGAUAGAGUGGCCCAUGGUUGUGCUCCGCGAGAAUGGAAAUAUAUACAUUUUAAUGACCGGCCUGGACUCCGAGAAAACCCGCCUCCAGGGCCCCAUCACCAUAACGCCCCAGGCGCAUGACAAUUAUGGUCUGGAGUCGUGUGCCCUCAUGAUUAUCCCGUCACUUCCGCCGACCAUGGUUAUAGCUGAGUCUAACGGAAAGCUUCACCAUGCUCUGCUAAUGGAGGCGGAAGCCACUGAGCAUUCGUUCAACGAGGUUGAUGACUUUGUGCUAAUUGAACCCGCCGAAUACGUUGUACAUGUACUAGAAACUGUGGAACUUGAGUUGGGAAUAGCUGCAUCCGGAACUGAAAAAGGAGGAGAUGUCUACCACUGUCCCAUAUAUUUAAAGCGGGAUCUGAUCAAUGAGCUGCGCUACUUUGCCUACCACAACGCAGGACUUCAUGCCGUUACGGUCAGCUUUAUUUCAGAGUUGCAACGUUACUUGGAGAGCGAGUCCGAUGAGGAUCGUCUAGAGCUGGCUGCAUCUUCACGUGCAGAGUACAUUCUGUGCACAAAAUUCGACUCCAGUGAGACUGUGAACGCAGUCUUUGGGCUUGCACUAUUGCAAAUUCCUGCCGGUAUGGUUCUGCUGCUGGGCAGCGGUCAGGUUAUUAGUCUUAAGCUGGUAAUUGAUGCCCAGCUGCUGGUUACACCCAAUGAGAAUAAGCCAGUUGGCCUGGACGUGUCGCAGCAGGAAAGUGGGCCAUCAUUUGUCGAUACCAUUAAAUCGCUUUUGCAACGCAGUGUUAACCAGCCCAUCUUGGCGGAUAAACUUUCCUCGCCAUCUGCCCAGGAGAGCUAUGAACUGCUUAACCAGGCCAUCGAGGUGCUUCGCGAGCAGUACCUAAAACGACAUGACCUUGUGCGCGCCGCCUUUGCCCGCCACAUCAACCAGAUCCAACUAAAGAAAGAACAACAGCUGCAGGAGAUCCAAGACUUGGAGCAGGAACGCGAACUGAUCAGCGAGCGGGCCCACAAGCUUGCGGAGCGCUUCGAGGAGAUCAGCUACAACCAGGAGCUCCUCGUCCGCAAGUGCAACGCCCUGAUGCAAAAGGCCAAUGCCUCACUACCCAAUAGUGUGGUAGCGGAACGUGAGUUUUCCCAGGAGGUGACGCGACUUAACAAGGUCACUCAGAGCCUGGCCGCUGGAUUGGAGAGCGCCAAGAAGACGCUAAACAAGCAGCGCUACCACAUCGCCAAGAGUCAAGAGGACCUCAAGAAGAACGCGUACGAGCUGCCGGAGAAACAGCACCGCACUAUUACCGAGAUACUCACUCAGCUAACCGGGGAGAUCGAUCGCCAGAUCGUCGACGUCAAGCGCAUAAACAAAAUCGUUGGCGUCUAAACUCGGAUUGAAAAGCGCACUGUUAUGAUUUCACCACGUUUUCGAGAUAGUAAAGCCUUUGCGUAGAACUAAAACGUAUUAAUAAUAAACAUAUCGAUUAGGUCCUAUUUC